AUGGAUGGCCUCGAUGACUUUGAGAAGGCUCUCGCAGCUGAGAAAGGCGAGCGAGAGCGCAUUGAACGCGACAAGGAGGAACGUAGGCAGAGAAAGAAACAGCGCCAUCACCAUCACCACCACCGCGACCGCGAUAGGUCAUCUGAGAGACGUCGAGAACGCGAACACGAUAGGGAUAGGGAUAGUGCCAGGGACCGCGACCACGACCGCGACCGCAAUCGUGAUCAUGAUCGCCAUCGCCAUCAUAGAUCGCGACGGCACGACGAUGAUGAAGAGGAUGGACAUAGACAUAAGCGAUCUCGCCAUUCAAGAGACGACGAGGAGCGACGGUCGAGGAGACACAGGGAGAGAGACGAUGAACCACGUGACGGGAAACACGAGAAGACAUCCGAUCCGAAGGAGGAUUUGCCUCUACCCGAUGAGGAAAAAGCCCCUGAAGAGACAAAACCCUCGACGCCGCUGGUACGCGACUCCUGGAUGACUACGCCUUCGGCCUUCGAAAUCGAAUACGUUCAGCGCAAAGACAAUAGCGCUAAGCCACCACCGCCGAAGGAGGAGCCAGUCAGGGUGGUCCAUGACCGAGAAAUUAAUCGCGAUUUUGGGGAUCUGAGCAACGUUACGACUUUAGACGAGAAGCUACCGCCGAAGGAAAGGACAAUCAACUACACAUUUGGAGACAGCGGCUCUCAGUGGCGUAUGACCAAACUCAAGGGCGUCUACACUUUGGCCGAGGAAUCGGGGCGGUCUGUGGAAGAUGUCGCUUUGGAGAGGUUUGGCGAUUUGCAGGAGUUCGACGACGCCAGGGAAGAGAAGAUUGAGAUCGACCGGCGCAAGGUGUAUGGCGAGGGCUACGUGGGAAAGGAGAAGCCCACUGGCGACUUGUAUCGCGAACGCAUGGAAAAGCACCGCCCGGAGACAAAGGUCGCUGACUCAGGCCCGAUGGAAGAUAUCGAACAGGGCACCGUCAUUCCCGAUGAUGCCAUGAUGCAUACCCCUAUCGACCAAACAGCUUUGAACAGAAUGCGGGCACAGAUGAUGAAGGCUAAGCUUCGUCGUGCUCCCGAUGCUGCGAAGCUGGAAGCCGAAUACAACCAAGCCGCAGCUAGUUUUGCCACGAACGGACCGCAGUCUGUCGUCCUUGGCGUCAUGGACAACCGAAUGCUGGCAGGAUCGCGAGGCGAGGUUAAGGCUGUGGAAACCAAGCGGGGAAUAGAUCGUGGCAAUGUGGAGGCAAACGAGGACAUGUCAAUUGAGGAUAUGGUUCGUGAGGAGCGCAGGACGCGCGGUCAAGCGGGUGGUGAGGGUAUGCGACUCGCUGAGCGUAUUGCGAAGGACGGCAAAUUCGAUAACGACUUGGAUUACAUGGACGAAAACGCAGAGAAGCUUGCCAAGAGAGUUCACAAAUCAGAGAUCAACCUGAAGAACGUUGCCGUCAACGAGUAUCAGAAGGUGUCGCGGAUCUUGGACAACUGCCCGCUCUGUCACCACGAAGACAAGGGACAACCGCCUCUGGCGCCGGUAAUCUCCCUCGGCACUCGCGUGUUCCUCACGUUGCCUACCGAGCCCGAGAUCAGCGAGGGUGGUGCGGUCAUCACGCCCAUUGCCCAUCGCAAGAACCUCUUGGAAUGCGACGAUGACGAGUGGGAGGAGAUCCGCAAUUUCAUGAAGUCACUCACGAGAAUGUAUCAUGAAAAAGGACAAGAGGUGAUCUUCUACGAGAAUGCUGCCACACCGCAGAGGCAUCUUCACGCCGCUAUGAUGGCAGUGCCAAUUCCUUAUGAGGAAGGUGCUACGGCGCCGGCGUAUUUCAAGGAGGCUUUCCUCACUACAGACGACGAGUGGUCGCAACACAAGAAGAUCAUCGACACUGGCGCCAAGGCCCGUGACGGUAUGGGUAGGAUGGCGUUCCGACGCAGCAUUGCCAAGGAGAUGCCCUACUUCCAUGCCUGGUUCACGCUCGAUGGCGGUCUUGGGCACAUUGUCGAGAACUCUAACCGCUGGCCAAGAGGUGAUCUAUUCGCGAGAGAAAUCAUUGGAGGUAUUUUGGACGUAGCGCCAGACGUGAUUAAGAAGCAAGGCCGGUGGAACAGGGGCGACCGUAGAGUCGAGGGGUUCAAGAGGACAUGGAGGAAGUUCGACUGGACCCGAGUAUUGACAGAAGGUUAG